CCGCUUAUCUCACGCCCCUCCAACUCGCGUGCCUCUCUCUCUAGGAACGCUUGCUUUCAUCGAGUCACGACGUCCCGCCGCCCGACCUACCUAUCGCACUACACCGCGUACAGCGAAGAUCAGAAUCGUUCAACACGGGAUGAUUCGCUGCCGCGAGCUACGAUUUAGACCAAAGAAGUGUCCGGCAACACUGGCGGUGGCUUUGGCCCUCUAUCUUUCCAGGACUCAUUGGAUGGCCUUACACCAAUUAGGGCGAUAUGCCACCAGUCUUUUCGAAUAACCUCUCGUCAAUAUCACAGGCUGGCAGGUCAUGGUUUGUAGCCAACUGGCGCUCGUCCCCUCAGCAGCUUUCAUGCACAUCACUCUACACUUUUACACUGGUCCACGCUUUUUUGCUUCUCCUGCAGGCUCUGCGUUAGGCUUCCAGAGUCCCAAGGGCUACACUUGCGGGUUACCAUUGAAUUCAUCAUCACGCACAAUGCCUCGCCAGUCAAAAUAUGCUUCGACUGCGCCAUCAAUUACCUGCACGGUUCUCUGCGAUCCUCCCGGUAUCUGCACGGUGUCGUCAACGGGGCCGCUUGAAUCGCGUCUUGAUAUUUCACUGACUAGGAACAGAACACGAUUUCGGCCAUGUGGAGAAUAUCGGGCCCCAGAGCCAUCCCGCUUUCGACUCUUGCCAUCCGAUCCGGGCCAAGGCUUCAACCUGACCGUUACGGUGGCCUUACGGAACACCGUCCUCGCUUGCUGCUCAGUACGGACAUGAGCUUGGUAGAGUGGACCUUUCGGGGAUUAAACCGACAUCAUACUUCGUACGGGACCAACAAAAACAAGAAGUCGGUAAUGCGAUAUUCUUUGCUCAUUUUCUUUCCGAAUCGCUGCAG